AAGGAUUUCUGGGUUUGUUUCGCUUUGAUCGAAAAUAAAACGAUGAUAAGUGAACAAAGGUGAAAAACCUUAACAAACCGCAGCAAAAUCCAUACAUCAAGCGGAGUUUCGUACCUUCUGUCUACCACAGCAAAAGAUGAGUGAGGAUGUCAAGUUUAGCCUGUCAUCUUUUGUUCAACAAGAAAGAAAAAGGUCUCACAGCCAAAGUGAGCAAGAAACCUUAAGUAGUGAUUCAGCAGGGGGAUCCCCUCUCCAAGUCGUCUUUGUGAAUGACCUUGUUGCAGUGGGUGAUGAUCAAGAGGGUGACGACUCGUUUGGACUGCCAGAUGCCACUAAAUACUCUGGUGAAGUCAACCCACACUUUAACCCAGCAGAUCAGGUUGAUGGUCUUCCUGUGUUCACCCGUCACGAUCGAGGCAUAUCUCUGCAGACAACAAUGGAGAUCUGUGUAGGUAACAAGUUCGACCCACGCUACGUAUGUGACCGACCUCCAGUAGAAAUCAACGAGUGCGCUACCUUCAUUAUUGAUCUCACAAAGAUCGAAAAUAAGACCCUCGGCUCAGAUGCCGAUUUCGGACGGCAUUCAAGUCCCUCGCGAUUCAUCACCGCUAGAUUUGACAGCGAUGGCUCUGUGAUUGACAUGACCACUCUGAAGAGUAGCGCAGAUGCAGAGUUACCGCCGGCGGCGGGCUAUGUGAAUUACAGGCUCAAGCGGCAGUACAGCUGGCAUAGGUGGAGAAAGGGCUUCACGAGAAUUCUCACUCGUGUAGAGAAAGAUGGCAAAUCAAACAGGUAUGGGGUACUACAGUAUAAAGUUCCUCCUGAAGAGAUCAUAGUUCAGAAUGGAAUGGAACUUUCUAAGGGAAGGAACGAAAUUUCUCAGGAAAAGGUGGCAAAGAAUCAUGGAACGGAACUUACCGACCGACGGGGUUUCUCCACCAAAAGUAGAGACAACACUACAAGCGGCUCAAACCUAAACUUGCAUUCUGGUGUAAAGGAGUUAAAAACAGUUAAUAGAAGGGUUGUCCCUGAAACUGAUACAAAUAUUUGUACUAUAGUCACAUCGUCAGAGAUAUCUCAGCCGGGAGUGGGCAGUGAAAGCAGUAACUACGCUGAACCCCACUCUUCAUCUACGGCUGACUCAGCGAAAGCUGAUAUCUAUAACAUACUGAAGGGGGUCAAUUCCGAGAGGCCAAAGACUAUGGAAUCGAAGUUAUUGCCAGAUACAUCAAAGCUGUUAAAGCUCCUCGAGAGGGGAGACUUCAUGCGUGACGUGUCAUUCAGUACGUCCGUCAAAGAAAAUGGCGCAAAUACAUUGAAUGUGCGAACCUUUGCUAUGGGCGAGGUUCAGAAACAAUGGCUAAAAUCGUUCUGUUCGGGAGGGAAACCGAGAUCAUGCGCAAGUAUAAAAAUGACAUGUAAGAUUGGAGAUCAUUUUCUAACUACCGUGAGCUGCCCACUACCUAUGUUCGUGCGGAAAGAUGACAGCAGCGCUAACCCAAGAGUUCUCCUUGCAAUGAUGACGAGCAUGACCCAUGAUAAGACGGAUUACGAGUAUCUCGCGAUUAAUCUCCGCAGGGCUGGUGUCACCAGUAUGGUAUACGGCACCGAUUACACGGAGGGCGUGCGUGGAUUGGAGUUAGGAUUCCCUGUUCAAGACACUAAAAACAUCCAUUUUUACUGCUUCGAUGCAGUCAGAGCUUCCAUUGAAAACAAGCUCGGUGCUUUGAAAAUGCCGCUGCCCGAGAGAGAAGUCCUUUUGAAGCAGAUUUUUGGCAGUGGUGAGCAAGACAUGUACUGUUUGGUGUCUCAGAACACCGAGGCGGCUUACAAUACGCUAUUGAGCACUUUCCAGAAAAAAUGGCCAAUGGCCUUCUGUACUUGGUUUUCAAACACGGAUUGUGGCAAGGAUUCGAUAGAUGAUACAAUUAAGAGGGGCAUGAUCAAGGCCGUACGUGCAAAGGGGGGCUUAGGGCCAGCCAAGUACAGCAACAAGCAUAACCUCACAUAUCUAGACAGUGUCAUUAGCGAGAUGAGUGAUCUGCGUACAGAUAUCGCCGAGAUUCACGAUUUGGUGAAGAGUAAGGCGGUAGAAGGCCAGCUUGCGGAGUUUGUCAAGGCGAUGUAUAACAUGGGAGACUUCCGGUUAGCGGAGGGUUAUAAGCACUUGGGAGUGUCUUUUCUUUCAAUGUAGCCAAAAAGAAUCGGGGGCUAUUUCCCGUUGAUUUAGCCUAGCAGAAAGUUUAAUAUAUAGAUUUAGGCACUGCCUAAAAGCAGAGCCUGCGUGGAUGCACUUUUUUAGCAAUACUUGUAGCAAAUUUAAGGAUAUAGGGGAUGCAAACUAGCUUUGGACUAGUAUUAUUUUAUAUCCAUUUCCAAGUAAAUCCUGGUGUCUUGGGUACAUUACUAAUUUCUGACAUGACCCCCACCCCCUGGGGUUUGACUCUCCAAAAAAGUAGAUGGGGUGUAGAUAAUCAUCUUUUAGGGUAUAACCUUCACCCAACUACUAUCCCUCAGGGGGUGUUUAAUGGUUAUUCUGAUACUGCUAUCCUUUUGGGGUAUCAAAUUAAUGAAUUUUUGUAUUCAAUAACAACUGAUAUAUUUACCUGCCUCCACUCCCCCAGGAAGACUACCCAGGAUUAUGAUGGAUGAAUGAAUUGAAUUGAGCACGAGAAUGACAAUAAAUACUUUUAUUAACAAA